AUGGCUGGGAGAAAUGAUGCUGCCUUGGAGGCCAUGGCGCAGACUUUGGAACAUCAACUGAACAUUGGCGAGAAUGCUGGAUCUUGCGCUGUCAGAUCUAUGAGUAAGACAACACUGCACACUAUAAGAUUAUCAGUGAGAAGCGAGAAAGCUGCACAGGGUCAGAGGACUAGUGGGGGAGAUGCUCCCGCCGGUAUAGUAUGCUUCAAAUGCGGAAAACCUGGCCAUAAGAGUAAUGUAUGUAAUGCUGAGGUGCAGAGAUGUUUCCGUUGUGGGAAGACUAGACAUUUGGCUCCUGAUUGCAAGCAUAAAGAAGUUAUCUAUUUCAAUUGCGGUGAAGAGGGACACAUCAGUACAAAGUGUGAGAAACUGAAGAAGGCACCAGGUAGUGGGAAGGUGUUCGCUUUAGCUGGGACUCAGACAGCUAGUGAGGACCGAUGCAUCAGAGGUACAUGCUUCAUCAAUAGUAUUCCUUUGAUUACUAUUAUUGACAUUGGUGCUACUCAUUGUUUUGUUGCUGCUGAUUGUGUUGAAAGAUUAAAUCUUGAGUUGUCUGUUAUGAAUGGAGAGAUGGUAGCCGAUCUUCCAGCUAAGGAGUCCAUGACUACUUCUCUUACGUGCGUAAAGUGUCCUUUGUCAAUCUUCGGCAAAGACUUUGUUGUUGAUCUGAUUUGCUUACCUUUAAAAGGGUUAGAUGUGAUCUUGGGUAUGAACAGAUUAGAGAAUAACUAUGUUCAUAUUAACUAUCAUGAUAAGUUGUAA